ACUACUAACUCACACUCAAACCCCAAUUUUGUAUCCUAAAAAAAAACCACACAAAAAACAGUUAGAUAGAUACCAAACACAAAAGAACAAAAUAUACAAGUUUGAGAAAAAAGCAUGGAGAGUGACAAAAUUACAAACAUAUUUUCUCAAUACUCUUCAACUUCUCCACAAGUUGUGAUGAGUCCUUGUGCUGCUUGCAAGUUUUUGAGAAGAAGAUGUGCUGAAAAAUGUGUGUUGGCACCUUACUUCCCUCCAACUCAACCUGCCAAAUUUACCACUGUUCAUAGAGUAUUUGGUGCCAGCAAUAUCAUCAAGAUAUUACAGGAAAUUCCAGAGUCUCAAAGAGCUGAUGCAGUGAGCAGCAUGGUUUAUGAGGCAAGUGCAAGAAUAAGAGAUCCAGUAUAUGGUUGUGCAGGCACAAUUUGUCACCUUCAAAAGCAAAUCAAUGAGCUUCAAGAACAAUUAGCUAAGACACAAGCUGAGAUUAUUAACAAGCAAUUCGAACAAGCUAAUCUAAUGACUCUGAUUUGCAAUAUGGAAAUGGAAGAAACUCCACAAGAAUCACCACAACAAUCAUUUGACAACUUCAUUUCAAGUCCUAGCCACAAUAGUGACUAUCAUAACAACCUCAAUUUCUUUGAGGAGAAUAAUAUUGGCCUAAUCUCAUCUUGGGAGCCUCUUUGGACAUUUAAAAUUAAUGAGAACUAAUGAUAGUUUAUAUCAUGUUGUAACUUUAUAAGGCAUUUAAAAAAUGUUUUGAUGACAUUCUCCUAAGGAGAAGGUGAAUGAAUCAAUUAUAAUUUUGAAAUAA